AAUUCAUUUUCAUGACGUCAAUUGAUGUCAUUAGGAGAGAGAAGAUUCGAUUAAACUUUGGAUGGAAUCAUUCGGACGCUCUUCUACCUAAAAUCAUGUAUGAGAGAUUGAAAUUCAUUUGUCUUCUAUGGUUAGUUUCAUCGCUAAAAUUUUCCAUUUGCAAUACAAGUACUAUACAUAACUUAGUCUCGGCUAUUAAUACGUUUUCUGUAGACGUCUACCAUAAAAUAACAGAUAGAGAAAACCAUAUUUUCUCACCGUAUUGUCUAGCUACUUCUUUAAGUAUGAUCUGGUUGGGUACAAGAGAAAAGAGCAGAGAUGAAUUAGACAUUGUUCUUAAUUACCGAAAAGCGGGAUUAAGAGACGUUGAUAUAAUCCACAGUUUCCCUUUUAUCAUCUCGGAACUAAAUAAUGAUCGCAAUUUAAUCACUGCAAACGGAAUAUUUGUUAAUAUUCCUCAUCAAAUUAUCCCCGAUUAUAAAAGAAAUGUGAAGAACGUUUACAAUGCAACGGCAGAAGAAAUGGAUUUUAAUAACGAUACAAUCAUAGACUCAUUAAAUCAAUGGAUAAGAUCGAUAACUAAUUCAAGUAUCGAAACGGUAAUAACUAAAAAACCAUCACAAGAUACUUUAACGAUUUUAAUUAGCGCUGUAUAUUUUAAGGGAAAUUGGAUAAAACAAUUCGAUAAGAAGAAGAGUCGAUUAGGUAUAUUUUAUAAUCAUGGGACUGAUCCUAAACAGGUUUCAAUGAUGUCUGAUAAAAGAAAAGCUCCUUAUGGUUACAAUAUGGAGAUAGAUUCUUUCAUACUAGAAUUAGAAUUUUUAAAAGGAGUGAGUAUGUAUUUAGUUUUACCUAGAGAAAGAAAAGGAUUUCAACAAUUAGAAGCUAAUCUUACUUCACAGAGAAUACGAGAAAUUGUACAAAAUCUGUACGAAAACGAAGUUGAAGUCACUUUACCAAAGUUUAAAAUUGAGAAAGAAUACGAAAUGAAUACGUUAAUACAAAAAUUAGGUGCAUCUAGCCUAUUUGAUUCAUCGACUGCAAAUUUUUCAGGAAUGAGUGCCACUAAAGAUUUAUUUUUAUCAUCCGUAUUGCAUCGAUCAUCAAUUGAUGUUAAUGAAGAAGGCACGGAAGGUACAUCUUCUACUGCAGUCGUAGUCGAAACACUUUCACUAAAGCCAACUUUUAUUGUGGAUCAUCCAUUUUUCUUUUUUAUCCAUCAUCAUCAAACAGGUUUGAUUUUAUUCAUGGGUAAAAUAUCAGAAUUGUAAUGAGAAUUAAUUAAAUACAAAUUAAUAUGACUAUUUAAUAUAACUGACUAAUUUAAUUGGAGAACUUAUCGUUCGUAUGAUAUUAAGUUAACCUGUUAAUUUUAUUAGCUUGUUAAUAUUGCAUGUUGUGAAUGAACAUUUUAGCAAAAUAUAUUUUUAUUAUUGCAUUGGCAGAAUUGUCUUUAAUAAUAACAUUUA